GAUAUAUCGUCAUUAAUGCAUCAAGGAUAGAGGUUAGAGUUUUGCAAAUAAUAUUGUAUUCUUUUUCAAUGGUAAAAACAAAUGGAAGACGAAAGUUACGAUGAGGAGGAAGCCGAAGAGAAACUUACUGAAGAAGAGGAAGUCGAAGAGAAGCUUGCUGAAGAAAAAGAUUACGAUGAAGAGGCCCAACCUGAAUACGAAUCAACGAUUUCGUCGGAUGAGGUCGAGCGUGAUACACGCGUGUUGACAUACGCUGAGGCCGGCGAGUGCCUUCACAAUUUAGGAAAAUGUAUCACGCAGUACGAGUACGCCUAUCUCAGCCUGGACGCCUCGAAUCGAGGCCUUACGGAUAUCAACGUGAUAGCAUUCUUCAAACACGUUCGUUAUGUGAACGUAUCGAGGAACAGAUUGACAUCAGAAGCACUACGUGUACUUGAGGCGAUACCAUAUCUGCAGACACUGCAAGCGGAUCGAAAUUGUGUGACUAGUGUGGAAUUAAAGCCAAUGCCCUAUCUACAGGAGCUCACUUUAAACUGGAAUAAGCUAACAGAUACAUCUGGUAUCCAUCAUAAAUCGCUCGAGCGCUUGGAGUUGAACCAUAACAAUAUUCGUACAGUGAAUGUGGAUCCUCAAAUCCUUGUAAACUUGAGGAUUUUGGAGCUACGCGACAAUGCCCUCGUCAGUACUGCAGCCGACCUCUCCCUGGCGGAAUGGGGUCGUAAAGAGAUCACCCUAGCGGAGAAUGAGAUGCCGGGGCUUAUAUCAAUUAGAAAGAAAUAUGGUCCAUCCAAGGUGUUGAAGGGUGCUCGGAUCGCCGGUUGUCUUCACAUGACCGUGCAAACUGCGGUGCUAAUUGAGACCCUGGUGGAACUUGGCGCAGAAGUACAAUGGUCAUCCUGUAACAUAUUUAGCACGCAAGACCACGCAGCAGCGGCGAUAGCGAAAACUGGAGUGCCGGUAUAUGCAUGGAAAGGAGAAACCGAGGAAGAGUAUAUCUGGUGCAUUGAGCAAACCCUUGUGUUCCGGGAUGGUAAACCGUUCAAUUUAAUCCUCGAUGAUGGUGGCGAUCUGACCAAUCUCGUGCAUACAAAAUAUCCGCAAUAUCUCAAGGAAUGUCGCGGCCUGUCCGAGGAGACUACCACUGGUGUACACAAUCUCUAUCGCAUGAUGAAGGAAGGUACACUCAAAGUGCCGGCGAUUAAUGUCAACGACUCCGUCACCAAGAGUAAAUUCGACAAUUUGUACGGAUGCAGGGAAUCAUUGAUAGAUGGUAUCAAGAGAGCGACUGAUAUAAUGAUUGCCGGAAAAGUGUGCGUGGUAGCCGGAUAUGGAGACGUGGGUAAGGGAUCUGCGCAAAGUCUUAGAGCUCUCGGGGGUCGUGUUAUCGUCACAGAAAUUGAUCCCAUCAACGCACUUCAAGCGGCUAUGGAAGGAUACGAGGUAACAACGAUGGAUGAGGCGAGCACGAAGGGCCAGAUAUACGUCACCACUACAGGAUGUAAGGACAUCAUUGUGGAUCGUCACUUCAUGAACAUGCCGAACGACGCUAUCGUCUGCAACAUAGGACACUUUGAUUGUGAGAUUGAUGUCGCGUGGCUAGAAAAGAACGCUGAGAAAAUCAACAUCAAGCCCCAAGUGGACAGAUACUUAUUGAAGAAUGGCAGACAUAUUAUCCUUCUCGCGGAGGGUCGUUUGGUGAACUUGGGUUGCGCGAUGGGCCACCCGAGCUUCGUCAUGAGCAACUCGUUCACAAACCAAGUGCUCGCACAAAUCGAACUCUGGACCAAAUCAAACAAAUAUUCGAUUGGUGUACAUAUGCUGCCGAAGAAGCUGGACGAGGAAGUCGCGGCAUUACAUCUGAAUCACUUGGGGGUGAAAUUAACAACUCUCACGCCAGAACAAGCUAAAUAUUUGGAUACACCUGUGGAAGGUCCUUAUAAACCCGAUCAUUAUCGAUAUUAGUCCCCAUUCGAUAAAAAUUUGUAAAAAAAACAUCACAGUUAAAUUGUUACUGUAAUUAUGAAGUUGGUUUUAUAAGACAUUUAAAACAUUAAAUGUUUUUUUUUCUUUUUCUAUACCGACAACC